AUGCUCAACCUGCUUGAGAUGGCCAACAACUCAGGCAAUCUUGCGCCCAGUUCCUUUACCGAUUUUCAGGGCUGCAGCAUUGCCACCAUCAUUCUUAUUCUCACAGGUAUCUGCGAGAGGGACCCGUCAUAUGAGACUCAAGUUGCGUUUGGUUUGACUUGUCUCCGCAAGAUGGCAAAUAUGCACACAGCGGGCCGUAUCGCGGUAAGCUUCGUGGAAGCUUUGGUAUCUAUUGCUGCAGAAGCACGCGCGAGGCUGCGGAAUGACCGUGGGGCCCCAGAACAUGGAGAAGAAGACUCAGAUGCAGCGAGCUACGCAAUCUGGGCCGACUGGUUCUCUGGUGUUGCCGGGCCACCUGGGAGCGAUCAACCGACCGAUACGGUGGCAGUACCAAACGAACCAAGAGCUACAAGGACAGCAGCCAAUACCAUGCCCAUGUGGGAAGAGGCUUCUGCCCUUCUACGACUUCGGAAUCCAUCUACACCAGAUGAAAGUUACGCACAAUCGCCGUCGAACUUCAACAUGGGAGAAACAUCCUUCGAAGCGGAUCUGAACGACGACUUCAACGAAAACCGGAUGCAACUAAUGGGUCUUACUGGAAUCGACAUGUUGGAUUUCGGAUUCGGGCCGGAGUAG